AUGCGCUUCUCAUCACUCCCUGUUGCGACGGUCGUGGCUUUUCUAGGCCAAACGGUCACUUGUUCUCUCGCCUGCAAAGUUCUUCCCGAUCUCCCAGAGUCAAUCUCUGAGUGUCCUGAAGCUUUGCUCCGCCUUCAACGCGAAACAACUGCCAUCUGGGCUAAAGCAUACGCUGUUAAGAACCUGGACACUCUCCUCUCUUAUGUUGUCGACCCCUACAUUCAGCACAAUCCUCUCGCGCCCUCUGGCAAGGCAAUCGCCCAGGCUGGUAUGACCCAGAUCUUUGCCACAUCACAAGGGCCCUUGUUGAUCAUGGAUUCAAGCACACUUGCUGUUUCCGCGCAGCUAGCGUUGAUCGAUGCCGCUGCCAGUGCUAAUGUCAAGCGCUUCAUCCCGUCUGAAUUCGGAGUUGACACUCGGCUGGUGGCAGGGACAACGCUUGAACCGCUUCUUGCGGGAAAAAUCAAGGUCGUUGAGUAUUUGAAGGAGAAGGCUCAGCGGCAUGACAAUUUUUCUUGGACUGCACUGGCCACUGGAUCGCUUUUCGAGUUUGGUUUGCUCCAUGGUGCCUUUGGGUUUGAUGUCGCCAGAAAACAUGUCACGAUCUUCGACUCAGGGGAUGCGCUCUUCUCCCCUACCACCUUCAACCUUGUCGGACGAGCUGUUGCGGCUAUUCUCUCUGAAGAAGAGCAAACGAAGAACCAGUACCUCGCCAUUUCAUCUUUCACAUCCUCUCAAAACCAGCUGUUGAAGAUACUUGAAGAGCAGACGGGAGAGGAAUGGGCCCAGGGACACGUCUCUACCAGCGCUUUGGAGAAGAUAGGAUUGGAGAAGCUUGGCCAGAAGAAUCCUCUCGGAGUUUUGGAUCUCAUGAAGGCUUUUCAGUUCCAGGAUGGCCAAAACAGAGAGUUGAGCGAAGAGAUCAAUGAUGCCAAAGCUCUCGGUUUGCCAUCUGAAGAUGUUUUGUCUCUAGUCAAAUCCUUGAUCUAA